ACAGUUAAAAACUUGUAAAGUUAUCAAGUUUUACAUCUUCUUCCGAACAAAAGAGAUUUGUAUUUAUAAAAAAAUAAAGAUAGUUUAUAGUAAUACUUCAUAAAAUGAUAAGUAAAUUUAUCUUCGUUUGGUGCCUCUCUUAUUUAUGUUCUAAAGCUCACACCGAACAUUCAUCACAAUAUUUUCAAGAAUCAUCUGACAACACACAGUGCAUUUUUGAUGUCCCUCGGAAGAUUUAUAAUGUAACAGAUUUAUUACGAUGUAUGGAUGAACUCGCUAUCGAUCUUCUCGCUCAAAACAGUGAUCGAUCAUUAAUUGUUGGACGAACAAGUCAAUUGGAUUCGUCAAUUUACAAAGAAAAUUACGGAUUUCCUUACGGAAAUAUAAUUUUAAAUUUGCUUAAUAACGGCCAAGUUCCAUCGGAAUAUCACGAUUUUCCAUUAGAUUCUAUUGGCAAUUAUCCAUUAAAUAUGUUAAACGGUCUUUCAAGUCAAUUUGGUGGACUUGGAGCUAAUAUUUUCAGUGCUUUGUCAUCGAUCUCUCGUCACGAUGAUUUAAAAUGCGUGCCCAGAAUACUCUGUGAGGUGGCGAGUGGAAAGCCACCGAGACAAUAUGAGCGAGCAUCAGCAGGGAUUGAUAAGCAAUAUUUAGAAUUUGGAAGAAAUACUUUCACUCAGUGGCUCGCGGGACUGGCAGAAACAUCUCCCAUAUUGAAUUUUGCCCGAGCUGCUGUUUUGGGUUACGGCAGCAAUGGAAAUUCGGCCAUGUGUUAUCGCGCGUUCCCGAGGUGUCCGCGUAAUCCCGACAAACUGGUACAUUAUCUAAACAAUUAUAACGGCGGAUUCUUUCGAUUCUUCAGAGGACACGGAAGUUACUCUCAAUCGUCUUAUGCUUUGCGAGGUACAGGAUGCGUUGUAGAUUUGUUACGAGCAACAUUCAAAUUUAAGAUUUUGCACGAGUUAAAUCACUUUCGUUUCUCAACAGAUAAUUCGGAAUUUCACGGAGAAAGAAAACGGAAAGCUCCACCACCGGGCAUCGCCGGGGUGCAGGCUGAUCGUACCGGAACGGGCAAACUAAAGUUCGACAGCCCCAUUUUGACUGCUCGCCAAGAUUACGGAAAAAGCUUCUUCCCGAGGGAAAAUACAUUGGAGAACUCGGGACGAGUGGUUUUUCCAGAUCAAGAGGAAUCGAGUGAUCGCCUAUUGAAAAACAGGAUUUCUAAAUCCCUGUCGGACUUAAAAGAGUCCGACGUGAAUACAUUUUCGCAAGAAUCUUCGCUGAUUUUUCCUCAGGAAUCAGAGCACCAAAGUAUCCGUGUCUUGCGUUUUACUCCUGACCCUCUGGAUUCAGCAUCUCACAGUGCAGUACGAUUUCCACGUUAAUAUUUUUCUCUCAAUAUAUUUUUCUUGCGAACAAAUUCUUAAAAAAUAUUUAGAAUUAUUAAUUGUUAAAUUUUGUUUAUUAAAUUGAGAUAUUAUGUGAUCUGAAAAAUGAUUAGGCAAGCAAUCAAUUUUAUUGCUCUUGUUCGGCUAUAUGAUCCACUCGUAAUUGUAUUUGUCAAAAUUCAUAUUUUACAUUUUAUUUUCCAAAUUGCUUGCAAUGGGAUAUGCAAAUGAGAAAGAGAAAAAAUCAUUCAACCCUUUUUUACGCGGCGUUCAUCCUUUCAACAUUACAUAGUUAUUCAAUCCUUUCAUCCAUUACAUCACAUUGUCGAUGUGCAUAGCCAACAAAAUACCAAAAAUUGUAGACUCAGCUGGAAAUGCAAUUUUAAAUUCGAUAGGCAAGCACCGACCACCAUUCUACGUGACAAAGCAUAUUUUAUUCUCACAAAGGAUGUUCUUUCGCGUCGUCUCACCUUUCCUCAUAACAGAUGAUUUUACAUAUCCUCUUCAAAAUAUUUUUCGAAAAAUGCAAUUAAAAAGUUAUCGUGCCAAUUAAGUAUAAGAUUCAAAUUAUUAUGAUAAUUAAUUUUAUUAAAAUAAAUUAUUCUUUUUACUACAAAAAAUUGUUAGCAAUUAAUUUUACGUAGUCUGAAAUGAUAAUUAAAACACGUAUUUUUUUGCGUUUAUACAAAAUAAUUUUUGGUGCAAUAAUUAUGAGCAAAAAACAUAACACACAGAUAUGAGUUCCGGAAUUAUAAAUCAAUCUUAACAUUCACUCAUGAUAUAUCGUCGUCAAAGAACAUAUAUAUGCCGGAAGAUUCUCCGCUUAGGGUUUAACAUCCGAUCCCCCUUGAGCGUAAUAAUUUUCGAUCACUAUCAUGAAUUUUGCAAAAGCAUAAGGCCAUGAACGUCUAUGAGCAACUCGUGUGUGUAGCUUUCAUGCUACUACUUGGCAAUUUUAGCCACGUAAGGUCGAAACUUGUUCGACAGGUGAUUGUACGCGGUCUACCUGAGACUCUUCCCAUUCAUUUGAGGUUUUGCUGUCUGACUCGUGUUUUCUUUUCUCGCGUUUCAUGUGAUGAUAGCAACACCCUGCGUUUCUCAUAUGCGCUUGCGUGCGUGGACAGGUACGGGGAUUACUCGGGACUGCUCGACCGGCAAUCUUGAAAUAUACAUAAGCUAGAAAUGUAUAUACUUUUCGUCAAAUCUGCAUUACAGUUCUUUCAACGAUGAUUAUAUGAAUAUUCUGACAGAUAAUAAUAUACCGCAUGCGUAAAAAAUGAUUUAAGUUCCCGAUGUUCUUACGAAGUACCACAGAAUAGAUAUUUAUGCAACUAGCGCGGUAAAUCGGCUAAUUGCCCGUAAGUGCGGGAUAUGUGUGUCCAUCCGCACGGGCGGGCAACAGCUGAUCCGCACAUGUCGCAUACAAUAUUUUUUGUUACCUGUGCCUCGAAAUAUUGGUCCUUUUGUGUGAAGUGACACGUGAGAAAAGGACCAUUUUUCAUGCACUGAUAGUGAAAAAGAUAUUUAAAUAAAAUAUUUUGAAAUUUAA